UCCUGCGCUCCCCUCAGCAUUGGGGCGCGGGGAGAUGGCGGCGGCACCGCGGGGGUCCGGGCGGCUCCGGGUCGAACCGGGCUGGUACCUGUCCGCCCGUGAGCAGCAAGAGGAGGAGGCGGAGGAGGACGGGGAGUCCGUCCCGCUAUUGCCGCCGCCGCCGGGCAGCAAUCCUUCAAAUCGUGGCUCUUCCUUUGGCUUCUCAGUGUUUAAUUUAAUGAAUGCAAUCAUGGGAGCUGGGAUACUUGGCUUGUCCUAUGCUAUGGCCCACACAGGGAUCAUUGGGUUUAGUAUCUUGCUGCUGAUUGUUGCCAGCCUUGCUUCUUAUUCUGUAUUUCUUCUGCUGAGUAUGUGCACUCAGACUGCUGUCACUACGUAUGAAGACCUUGGGCUAUUUGCAUUUGGAUCAGCUGGAAAGAUCCUUGUUGCAAUUACAAUAAUUAUCCAGAAUAUUGGAGCUAUGUCAUCCUACCUUUUAAUUGUGAAGUCUGAACUUCCUGGUGCUGUUGCAGGGUUCCUAAGUGGAAAUGAAAGUGGGUCUUGGUACCUUGAUGGGAGACUGCUGCUACUGAUUACUUCAGUCUGCAUUGUUUUUCCUCUUGCACUUCUUCCUAAAAUCGGCUUUCUUGGCUACACAAGUAGUUUAUCAUUUUUCUUUAUGGUGUACUUUGCUGUUGUGGUUAUGAUAAAAAAAUGGUCGAUCCCUUGUCCUCUACCUCUAAAUAGUGCCAUAGAGAUUUUACAGGUUUCAAAUUCUACUGGGGAUUGUAAAGCAAAGCUCUUUCAUCUUUCAAAAGAGAGUGCUUAUGCAGUACCAACUAUGGCCUUCUCUUUCCUCUGCCAUACCUCAGUCUUGCCCAUCUAUAGUGAGCUCCAAAGUCCAUCCAAAAGCAGAAUGCAGAAUGUUACUGUCACAGCAGUUGGUCUGAGUUUCCUUGUUUACUUUAUGUCUGCUCUGUUUGGGUACCUGACAUUUUAUGACAAAGUGGACUCUGAACUGCUGCAAGGUUACAGCAGGUACCUGCCACAUGAUACUGUCAUCCUGACUGUUAAAGUGGCAGUGCUGUUAGCUGUGCUUCUGACAGUGCCUCUGAUCCAUUUCCCAGCAAGGAAAGCUGUAUUGAUGGUAUUUUUCUCUCAUCUUCCUGUGUCGUGGAUUUGCCAUAUCCUUGUCACUUUAACACUGAAUACAAUUAUUGUUUUGUUUGCAAUGUACGUGCCAGACAUUAAAAAUGUUUUUGGAGUAGUUGGUUCAACAACAUCAACAUGUUUACUUUUUAUAUAUCCUGGUCUAUUUUAUCUUAAACUUUGUAGAGAGGACUUUUUAUCACCACAGAAGCUUGGGGCUUGUGCAUUGGUUAUCUUUGGCAUUUGUGUUGGCCUUCUCAGUUUAGUUCUAAUAAUCUUCAGUUGGAUUGAUCAGUAACAGCCUUUUGUGGCUGUCUGGAAUGAGCUUCAGAAGGACAGCAAGAACCAGAGACCUGUCAGAAGUGAAUGCUGGAUGUCCUGAAGAAAACACUGACCAAAACUGCCCAUGGAAGAACUAAUGCUCUUUUUACUGUGUUUGUGAUAUUUCUUCUUCAACCUUGAGUCAUUCUCUUCAAUUAUUGGACAAUUAGUCUUUGCCAGUCUGAAAAAACUUUUUUAAUGGUGUAGCCAUGACAGGUAAAAAGGUCUCUGGAGAAUUUCUGCCAUGCACAAAUGGUUUAGUGCUGAACAAAAGCAGAACAUUGAAAUAACUUCUCUUUUAAAGACAAUGAGAUGGAUUGAUUUCAUCAACCAUGAUGUGCAUAUAUCAUGAUGUGUACAUUUAGGGUAAUGGACACAUUAUCCUAAACCAUGAGAGGCUUCAAUUGCUUGAAUAAUUACCCAAAUUUCAUCUAGUGUAUAGUAAGAACUUGCUGAUUUCAGAUGUUUAUCCUGAUUUAUCCUUAUUCAGAUCCAGAAAACAACUGCCUUAGCCCAGUUUAAUGGGUGCAUCAUGACAGUAUUUGUUAAUUGCUUUGUUUCAUACAGUUUUUAUACCUCAGUGUACUUGAAUCAUAAUGAAGUACAUCUUUUAAUUGGAAUGCUUUUCCCAUCUAGUGUACUAGCUUUUAGUGGCAUUAGGAAGUAUUUCCACUUAGCAGUUAAUAGCCAUUUUUCAAUUAGUAUCUGCUUUUCAGUAUUAUUCAGUGUACCUCAGUAUUCCUCCCAGUGAAAAGCUUUUUACUUUUUCUCUCUUACUCCCAUUUUUACCAGUGUUUGUAAAUUUUAUGUGAAAUUCUGCCUCUGUUGAAGACAAAUCUUACACUUAUGGAACCCUAAUUUUUCCUUAGAUCUCUCAAUUUCCACUUAAAAUUUAAAAAAAAACUUAAGAUUUUAAAAAAUCCUUUGAAAUUCCUCUCUUUUUUGAAGUUUUUCCACUAAAUGAAAUGUGAGUGCUGUUUUACACACCAACUGGGCUUUGUUUUGAACGUGGUAUCAAGUGCUGACCACAAAGUUUCUUAUGUUAGUAGCAGGAAAGCAGCAGCUGAUACCAUGGUGAGGUUUUAAAAAUUUGUUUCUAUCAGAUAGGAUCUGAUUUCUGUAAUAUAGCCUAAUCUCUGCAGAGACUUUAUGCCCUAAGGAAACUAAGAUUCCACAGAGCUGCUAGUGUAGAGUGAGGAGGCUGUACCUCAGCUUCAAAUGGCAACUCUUAGGGAGGGGGAAGUUAUUUUUUCCAUUUGCAAUUUUUCUUUUAAUUUGGUUUUUUUUUUUUGUUUUUGUACAUCUGAGAAGUGGAAUAAGACAUAAGUGAAUCAUAGUGAAGUUACAGAUUUAUGUAAUACGAAAAGCAGCUGGUAAAUAACGUUUAAAUAUUUUUUUUGUCCAUAAGGUGCACAAUUAGCAAGUGAGUUGUCUGCUAGAAAGUUCUGCAGAGUUCUGUUAAUACUUUGACUCUGUUUUAUCAGUUGGGAUGAGCAAUAUGCCCCAAAGCCUGGCAUCUCUAACUAACUGUUAGCAGUUGUGUUAUCAACCUUUUUAAUGAUGUCAUUUAAUUAUGAAUUUGGAAAACACUGAUGUGCCAGCUUUAACAUAGCCCUGUAAUAUGCUUGAUCCUCACCUGUCUCAAAAGGGAGGAACAGCAGGGUUGGAAUCACCUUCACUGUUCCUGAGCUGACAAAGUAGGAUUUCUCAUGCCAACAAAUCACUCAUCUCUCUCAGGACCCAUAAGAUAAUUUUAAUUUUUGACAGCUGGCCUGGAGGCACCCAGGUAGUGCAGCUUGGUUCUGCUUCAGGAAUCUUUUUUACCUGGGGAAUCUUCUCCUACAGGUGAGUCUGAGACACAUGUGGUGAGGCCUAGGAACUAACUCCAGGGUUUGGUAGGAUGCCAAAGGAUCCCUGGCAAAGACCACAGCUGUUCUUAUGACAAAGUUUCUAGCAGAGGUUUCACUGGGCAAGGUGAGCCAUCUGAUUGUCAAAACCACAGACAGCGUGUCCACUCGUGGCCAGAAGGUCACAGCUGGCUCUGUGGCACUGGCUUCUGGUCAGAGUGUUGAACCAGCAGAAAACCAACGUGACCAAGAGAUGUGAGAAGUUGUCUGCCAAAAGAGUGAACUGAGUGAGCUCACCUAGGGGACAAGAAAAGUGAGGAGGGUGGUAGGAGUGGGACUGCCUUUUUGAGCAGCCAUUAGAGAGCAGAUUUUUCUCAUGAAACAUCUCACUUUGCCCAGCAGUUUUGGUUCAGCAGGUUCAAGUUUACCUCGAUGCCUCUGACUUUGAGGGGUCCCUGACCUCCUCUGGUCAAGGGUUUAUCAGACUUUCUCAGCAUUGCCUGAGUAUUAAUGGUUGAUGCUCCCCAUGCUGCAUUUGUUGUUGCAGUUCUACCAGCCAGUUUAGCUCUUGAUAGCUGCCUUCCUGCAUCUGGCUACCUUCUAAUAGCUGUGUUUUGCUGCUUUUGUUUUACUACAGGGCUUCAGCCACUCAGGGUAUCUCUGAGAUACUCAGGGUAUCUCUGGCAGUAGAGUAACAAACCAAAUAUUUACCUUUUAGAAGUGUACCUUGAGAAAGCAAUGACAGCUGUACAUCAGGAAGUGAUUUUUUAUUAUUUUUUUUUGUCUGACUCAACCAAAACUUCUUAGGAAAAACAGGAGACCUCACAUCUGAACUUCUGACACUAGAAUUUAGGAGGAAUAUUUAUUAGAAAUUUGAUGGGAGUUGUUUCUUUUUUAUCACAUGCUCUGGCACCAUGCUGAUGAGUAAUACUCAUUAUCACUGCAGUCACUUUGUUUUAAACUGUAACCAGCAAGUCUUAACACUGGAGACUGAUAUUAUCUGUGAAGGUGUAGAGGUUGGCAAAGCUUUGCCAAGUUUUUGCUCCUUCUUCUUGCCUCUUGCCCUGCACUGCAAUGCUCUGUGCACAGGCAGUUGGGUUUGUGUGAAUCAUCUUAAAAAGCAUGACUGAGAAGAUACCUGGAAUACAGUGUUAAUUUUCCAGCUGAUCCCUGUAAUGCUGUGGAAAUUGACACUUUAUUGUUUUUUAAUCCCUGAGUAUCAUCCUCACCAUCCUGGGAAUAGCUGCCUGUCCUCAGUAAAAGUUUGCAGUGAUGAACACCCCUGUGUGAAGUUAAUGAGGAUGAAUGGAAGUGAUUCACACCUCUGCUGGAGCUCUGUUAUUGCCUGUGGGCUGCAGAAUGUGUUACCUUUCAUCUGAAAGAGUUAGAAAUGCUGCUGCUUUGAAUUUUCUGUGGCACAUACCUUAAAAUCUGGAGACAGUGCAGGGCAGAAAGUGCUUCUGUUUCCACAUCUAGAAAAAGGUAUGAGUGUUUUCCACAAAAAAAAAAAAAAAAAAAAAACACCCCACAAACAAACAAACAAAACCAAACCA